AUGGGCAAGCAAAAGGCCACACAUGUGAAAGAAAGACCGAAGAAAGAAGAGCAGAAUAUUGAUGAUGAUUCUUUGAAGAAGGAAGAACAGGCGAUUGAUGAUGAAGAGUAUGAUGAAGACGAAGAUGAGGACUAUGACCCAGAGGCGAAAGUUGAAGAAGAAAAAGAAGCUAGUGAUGAAGAAAGUGACCAUGAACCCCAGCCAGAUUAUUCUUCGAUAGAAAAUGCCACGUUCCAGGACAGACUCGUUAAAACAAGAAGUCAACGACACCAAGAGAAGUACGGAUCCAUUGCGGGAGUCAAUCAUAUAAGGCCAGGAUUGAUAAAAAGUGAUGAUAUUAGCCCAAAUAUAGAUGUGGAUGCCAUAUUUAGCGAUUUACAACGAAAGAGCAAGAGCGGGACACCAGACGACUGGAAGGCAUCGAUUGAGGAGGAUCAAGCUCAGAACGAGAGCAUUAAAAAUAAUAACGCAAUUCCAAGCCAGGCCACCAAUAUCGGUUCAAGCGACAAACCUCAAGAAGAUAACACUCUAAAUCCACAGAAAGUUAAGAUUGAAUCGUCGUACACAUUUGCAGGAAAAGUUAUCACGGAGUCCAAACUAGUGGAUGCGGAUUCUGCGGAGGCAAAAGCGUAUUUUAACUCCACGAAGGGUAUAACAGGUAAUGAUUCAAAGGCAUCGGGGGCCACUCGUUCAUUUGUGCCUAUCGUUCGAACCAUACCAGGAUCUACCGAGCCAACAGAGCUUCGUAUUAAGCUUAAAAGGCCAUCAUUGAUCGACAAAUUCUUAUCGACAUAUGGUAACAAGAAACAGAAGCUAUCUACUUUAGAAAAGUCUCGUUUAGAUUGGGCUAGUUUCGUUGAUAAGAAGAAGUUAAAAGACGACUUAUCUACGCAUAAUAAAGGUGGUUACUUGGAUAAGCAAGAGUUCUUAGGAAGACUUCAAGACAAGAGAGAUGAACAUUACCAAAAAGCAAAGGAAGAAGAACGUAAAAGACAAUGGCAGUUGCAGCAACAACAGUCCUAG